UUUCUUCUUCAAAAAUUUCUUCAGCUAAUUCUUUUUUACAAAUACUAAUUGUAGGAAUAGUUAUAUAUUCGCUUUCUUCUUUUCCGUCACCGAUUUCAAUCAAAUUUUUUGCAAACUCUUUCUCAUUUUUAUCAGCUCUCAUAUUUUCUGUCAAUUUCAAUUUCAAAAAACUAUUCCAUAAAUUCGAUUUUUUAAUAGUUAAAUCAGUAAUUUCAGAUCUUGUAGCAAAUUCUUUGAUCGGCAAGCACUGCCUAAAAUCGCCACUUAAAAUGAAAAUUUUUCCUCCAAAUAAAAAUUCGUUUUUCAUUAUUUCUUUUAAUUUUUUAUCAAUUAUCUCUAACAAAUAUCUAGAUGCCAUUGGAGCUUCGUCCCAUACAAAAAUUUCUGUAUUUUUUAUUUCUUCUGCUUCUUUACUAUUUAGUUCAAUAUUCGAAAUUGAAUUUUUUUUAAUGUUUAAAGGCAAUUUAAAUCUAUUAUGCAAAGUUCUUCCUUUUUGUAAUUGUAUUGCUGCUAUUCCUGUAAAGGCCAUAUUACAAAUUUUUUUAUUUAAACUUCUUGAUAAAUGAUAAAUUGCUCUAAGUACAAAGGAUUUGCCUGUUCCUCCUGGUCCAUCUAUAAAAAUACACUUUUGUUGAUCUUUUUCCAAUAUAAUACUUUCUAGUUUUUCAAUAAUAAUUUUUUGGUCCUUAUUCAUUAGUAAAAUUAAUUGCUCCUUCUUUGCGCAUUCUUCUUUUAAAUCAAAAAUGUCUUCUUCUUCAAAAUUAUUAAUUGAAUUUACUAAUUGGGGCAUAUCGCUAUAAUCUUUCAAAGAUUUUUCUUGUACUUUUAGAUU